AUGAUGACGAGCUCUACUUCUAUUAAAAGAGUAUUGUGCUUGCCUGGAUUUUUGCAAAGUGGAAGAGUUCUUGCGGAGAAGUCUUCAGGUUUGCGUAAGAUUUUAACCAAAAAGUAUGGCUUUGAGUUAGAUUAUAUAAGUCCACCAAACAUUAUUCCAAACAAAGAGCAAUUACCAUUUAAGUUGGGGCAGACGGAGGAGGAGGAAAAUGAUAAAUGGAACUACAUAGUUGAAAAUGAAACCAACAGAAGUUGGUGGGAUCACCAAGAUCCUGGAUUAUAUCUUGGAUUUGACGAAGCAAUACAAUACAUUGGUAAAUAUAUCAAAGAGAAUGGACCAUAUGAUGCGAUAAUAGGAUUUUCUCAAGGAGCAGCCAUGGCAGCUAUCACUACGAACUGUAUUCAAGAAAUUGUACCAGGUCACCCACCAUUUGAAGUAGCACUUUUGAUAUCGGGUUUUGCAUUUACCAUAUUGAAAGAAAAUAAUACCCGAGAAAAUAGAUGGAACGUUAAUUACGAGGUUGAAGAUUUAGAAGAAUACAAACAAAAGGUAGAGAUUCAGAAAGACUAUCUUAAAUAUUUCCAACCUCCAUCUGAUAUGAAUACGAAAAUAAUAAGCGUAUAUGGAAAGUUAGAUAACACUGUUCCACCCAUUAGAUCAAAAUUUCUUUCAAGUAUUUAUAAAGAAGCGAAUUUGGUUUCAUUCGAACAUGAAGGGGCCCAUCUUGUUCCAAAUAAGAAGACCUUCUUAGAACCUAUAGUAACCUUAUUUAGAGAGAGUUUGCAACCAAAAUCAAGUUUAUAG